AUCAAAUUCAUUAAGCAUCAUACACAUAUUCUCAUAACUACUAGAAUGAUGUUGCAAGUUGAAAUCAAAUCCAAAGAAACCAUUAAACCUUCAUCACCAACUCCUCCAAACCAUCCACCAAUCCAACUCUCUUCUCUUGAUCACACUUCACCCCAUGUCUACGCUCACAUCCUCCUCUUCUACUCCACCACCAUCAAUCCCAACCAUCUCAAGACCUCUCUUUCCACCACUCUCCUCAACUUCUCCCCCCUCGCCGGCCGUAUUCACCGUUCAAACUCCGAUGAUACUCUCUACGUCCACUGCACCGAUGACGGUGCCGUCUUCAUCGAAGCUGAAGCUCAUCAAGCUUUUAACCUCCAGUCCUUUCUCACAGCUUCUUCAUCUUCCAUUGAUGACUUCAGAAAGCUUUUGCCAAUCAAGAAGGAACAUUUCAAUUUAUUAUUAGAAGACCCUCUUCUUGCAGUGCAACUCACAGUGUUUGAUUCUGGUGGUCAUGUUCUUGGCCUCUCUAUGUCUCACCUCAUUGCUGAUGGUGCUUCAAUGGCCAUAUUCCUCAAACAUUGGUCUUCCAUUUCCAGAUCAGAUGCAACCAAUAUUAUUAAUGGCUCAUUACCAAACUUUCACUCUGCUUCCUUGUUAUUCUCUCCCAGUGAACCUUGGCCUGAAACAGUGCAAUUGGUAAAAAGCUCAUCAGAUAAUGGUGGUGAGGUAGCCAUCAGAAGGUUUGUGAUUGAUAAGGAAGGAGUAGAGAGAUUGAGAGUAAGCAAACAAGGGUGGCGGCCGACAAGAGUGGAAGCCGUGAAUGGGCUCUUUUGGCGGUGUCUCCGGCGAGCCAAUGUGUCAAUGGCCGACGGUCAUGUAGUGUCACUAGUAGUAAACCUUAGAAAAAGGAUGGGAUCAAAGCUUUCCAUUAAUGAAAGCUUUGGUAACCUUUGGGUUGGUGUUAAUGUGGUUAGUAGUGAGUGUGAGAGACUUGAGGAAGCAUUGAGGGAAGCUGUGACAAGUGUGGAUGAAGAGUAUGUGCAAAAGUUGAUUGAAGGGAAGAUGAAGAAGAGGAGUGCAUGUUGGAUACUUAAUAGUUGGUGUAGGAUGGGGUUUUAUGAGAGUAGUGAUUUUGGAAGUGGGGAAGCAAUUUGGGUGGCUUGUGGAAGUAGAGAAGUAAAGAAUGUUUGCUUGUUGAUUGAUGCAAAGGAUGGAGUGGGAGUUGAGGUUUGGGUUUGGUUGGAUGUGGAUGAGAUGGAGAGGCUUGAGAGGGACACUGAGUUACUUGAUUUUGUUUCAUUUGUGGGAAGGUGAGAUUUGAUCAAGGGGUGAUCAAGUUUUAUUGUUGUCUAUUUUGUUUUGUAUUGUGUUAAGUUAGUUACUUUAUGAUCUCUAUAUAAUUUUGGUUUUUUAUGUGUUAUGUAAUGAUAUAUAGUCUUUGUUUUACUAUAUAUCUUUAAAUAGUUUGUGAUGUUUUUGUUUUGAAAUAAAUAAAUAAAUAAAUUGGUGUUG